AACCUUGCGGUGGGGCGGUGGCCAGGCUAUGGCCACCGCCCCACCACGGGAGAGAAAGAGGGUCGUGGGCUAGUGGUGGGGAGGCUCGUUUUUGCCGUCAGGAGGGGGUGGCGGUGGCUGAUCUGGUAACAGGAGCCGCUAAAGGUGAGGUAGGAGUGGUAGGAUAGGGGAUUCCUACCAGAGUUGAGAAUGGCAAUGAGACAUCAGCAGUAGAAGUAGCGGGGGAGAUGAAGGUUGGAGGUGGUGGAGAGGGCUUGGCCGGUGGAUCUUGAUGGUGCCUUUGUGGUGCCGGCGUGGCAAGGUCUUAUCGUGGAAAGGAGUAGUGGCGGCGGGGUGGUUUUUGCGGAGAUCAAGAGGAGAGAGAAAGGGCUAGGCUUUAUAUUUGUUGCAUGAAUCACAAAGAAAUCCUUGAUGUCUGUGAUUUAACAACAUAUCAGAUAUCCUUACCUCUAUCUAGAGGGGAAAAUUAUGGUCAUAGUAUAUCCUUACCUCUAUCAAGAGGGGAAAAUUAUGGAUGGCCCAGAUGAACACACAUCCACUUUAGAUGAAAAGGUACCUAUUGAGGUUGCUGACAUGCACCUUUCUCGGGAUAUCCAGUCUAAAGCGGAGAUCCCACCUGCUUGUAGGACUCUAAAAGAGCAAUCAUCCAAAGUUGUUUAUGGAAGUUGCAUUUCUGAUCAAAUGUUUGGACUACGGGGUUCACAAUAUACACUGGCCAAGCCAUCCUCAUCUGAAAGAUUCUAUACUGAUAAAUUCUCUGAUGCCACUGGAUCCAACCAUCUGAAGCUUCAUAGACAAAUAAGUGAUAAUGGAAAUGUUGAAUCUAGGCCAGAACUGAACAAAGAUGCUAUUGGAGUUUUAUUAAGUGAAAGGAGUCUAUUAGCCAAAUCAGGAAAGCAGGUUGAGCAAUGUAUGGUGAAUGAUCUUUCUGCUCAUCCUUACAACCCUAUGUGUCCUUUGUCUCAAGGUGUUAAUUCUUACAGUUCAUCUUCCCAACAAAUUGGGAGUUCAUCAGGAGAAGUCAAAUAUAUUCAAAAUUCAGGUCAAGAAAUGCAAAUUGCUUGUGAGAUUGUAGAAGAACAAUCACAUAUAGCUUUGUAUGGAGGCAAGAACCCUUAUGAAUUGACUGGGCUCGGUGAUCCUCGUGAUAAAUUCAUUGCCCCAUCUUUAUUUGAAGGAGUUAAUAUUAGUAGCAUCUCUAGCACUUCGUCAGGGAUGAACUUAUCAACCAAUAGUGCUAAAGAAAAUAAUGAAUACAACCAACUGAAGCUUCAGAAGCAAAUUGAUGGUUAUCAGAGGUUUGAAAUUGGCUCGGGACUGAAUAUGGAUGAUGUUGAUGGCGAUUUAACUACAACAGGGGCUCCAUAAAAAGUGCAAGUUGGGAAAAACAUGGUAAACACUCGUUUUGCUAAGCGUACCAACCCGUAUUUACUAUCUCACAUGGUACUAGUUACAGUCCAUCUUCACUACACAAAAAUGAGGUGAACCAGUUGAUAGAACAUCCUGAGUACCAUUCACGGUUACAUCGCAUCCAACCUUCACCGCAACCAAUCAUCGAAGAUGUAUCAACAUCAAUGACACUCUAUGUUAAAGAACCAUGCUGUCAAUGAAAUUUUUAUUUGGCAGACAAUUUUCCUAGUCUUCGGGGAAUUGACAAUGUUGCGGAUAACAACCCUAGAAUUUCCUUGCUUCACAACACUAUUGUUUCCACCAGGAAUGCAGGGAACCAAUCUCCCACCAUGAGUGGUAUGGUGCAUGCUGAUGUUUUAGAAAUCUACUCCUCUUUGGAUCAGCAGACUUUAGCUAACAAUAUACAAAUUCAGUAUGCUCUUCAAGCUGCCAGGCAACCAUCACAACAAUCCCUGCAUGCUGAUGUUGCAGAAACAAACUCACCUUUUGGUCACCAUUUUGCAGCCAACAUUAUACAGAGACAGCUUGCUCCUCAGGUCACAACACAACCAUCAAACAUAUCCCUACAUGGGAGCUACAACCACAACCUGCGGAUUGGAUCUGGUGGUGAUUUCCAGAUAGAGCUGUUCAGGCCAUUCUCAUCUCACAUAACUAGUAGUGAUGUCAUUUCUGGUGCAUUGCCAAAGAUCAACAUGCAGGCUGAGACAAUGGUAGGAAAAGAUGAUUUAAAACAUCAAAAUCUUCAUGGACAAAUUGGUUUUCAUGAAAAUGUUGCACCUCACUAUUUUGGCAUGAACCCUGAGUUGCCAAGGAUAUCAUAUUUUCUACGCCAUAAAUGCUCUAAAUUCUAACAGCUUAAUAGUGAUGCAAUGAGAUGUUUAACCAUGGUAGAAAAACAAGUUGAGUAAUAUACCAUAAUUGGUCCUACUUUCCCUUCUGUGAUAGUACCCAAUCCUUUGUCAGGAAAUCAUCUUUCUUCCAUCUCCAGGGGUUAUUGUUUAGGCAGUAAGGAUCCUAAUAAUAAUCAAGGUAUUGGUUUUUCUCCAAUGUAUGGAUCAGGUGGAUUCAAUACUAAUUACACCUUGCCCCCUGAGAAUAGAAGCACAUGCAAGGGAAUCCUAUGACAUAGAUACUGUAUCUAAAGCCACUAGACAAAGCUGCCAAGUAUACUUUGAUUCUGCAGAACAGAGUUCUCAAUGUGUUCAAGAAAUGAGACUAGAUGAAGCUACAAAUUCGAACAUGUUGACUGCUCAGCAACAACCUCAGAGGCAACUGUAUAGACACCUUGAGAGACAUCAUAAGAAAAUCGUUGCAUCUGAAGCGCAGGCGUUGCAUGGCAAUGUUGAGACUCCUAUCAGGAUGAACAAAGCUAAGGAAUUCCCUAAAAUAGUAAGGGAUCAUGAAGCAUGCUUACUUUCAUUUUAUCAUCCUGCUCCUAUUCCAUCCCAUGUUAUGAAUAUGUUGCAUUGGUGCUUCGGUAUUGAUAUGGAAAGGAAAAUGCCAUUGCCAAAAAGGUAUCCAACACAAUGCUAUGGUACACCAAGGAUUGUUCAUCAGAAUGGUACAUUAGGUUUCAGAAGAUCUUAUGUGGAUUUUCCUCACAGAGAUGAUCUCAAAAGUUUGGACAAUAAGGAGCUAAAUGUCCUGCUAUUCCAAAGGAAGUUUAGUGGUUUAAGCAAAGGGAAUUAUCUUCUUUUUUCACAUACAACGCCAUGUGUUUCAAUGCAGCAUUGAUCAGUGUGGGGGGCUGCUUCAGACAACAAAAGCUUCAAACUGCGACACCUGAAGAGAAAUUCAUGGUCUUUGAAGAAAUCAUGCCUCAUGCUAUUAAACUGGUGAUGGAUAUCUAUGGAAGUUAUGUGCUACAAAAGGUUUUAAUUGCAAUUAUUUUAAUUUUGAUGAUUUAGGUAAACACUACUAAAUUCACACACCUGUAUGCUUUACAUUUUCUACUAAGAUGAUCGAGCAGGGAACCCCGUUUUAAAGGAGGAAAAUUACAGCAUGGUUUUUUGGAAGUGUUUUAAGUAUAAGCUAUCAGAUAUAUGGAUCUAGAGUAAUCCAAAGGAACUUGGUGAUCUAGACUAGAAGAUUCAGAUUGCCAAGGAGCUCAAUAAUGAUAUCAUGAAAUGUAUAUAUGACCAAAAUGCAAACCAUGUUGACCAAAAAUGCAUUGAGCAUGUGCCACCGCAAUUCAUAAAGUUCUUUCUAGAGGACAUGUAUGGCUGUGUUGUUGAGUUAUCAGUUCAUCCAUAUGGAUGCCAUGCUGUCCAGAGAGUUCCGAAGUACUUUGAUGAUCCAAUACAGGAAAUUUUUCUCGAAGAAAUUAUAGAGGAUGUCUACUACAUGACAAAAGAACAAUACGCUAACAAUGUUGUGCAGCACAUUUUGCAGCAUGGGAAAGCCCUUGUGCGAUCUUUAAUUAUAAAGAGAUUUAUUGGGAAAGUUGUGACCAUGAGCAAGCAAAAGUACGCUUCUAAUGUCUUUGAAAAGUGCUUGGUCUUCAGUAGCUAUGAUGAAACCCAGAAGAUUAUUAAUGAGGUCCUAACCAUAGCCAAGGUAAUAAAUAGUGGUGGUAGCGGCCGCUAUAGCGGCCGCAAUAGCGGUAGCGGUCCCCUCCCACUACCACUAUGGGGUAGCGGCAUGGAUGUAGCGCCCUAUAACAUAGCAGCCGCAAUAGCAGGUAGCGGGCCGCAAAAUUGAUAUAGCGGGCCACUAUAGCAGAUGGGCCACAUAUAUAUAUAUAUUUACCCUAAACCCUAGUCCACCUUUUCUCUCCACACAUUUGCAUCUAGCACGCCGCCACCAACACCGCAGGGCCUGCGUCGCGCGGCGGCGCUCCACGGAUUCAUCGGCCAGCCGGACGCCGGGCGGCGGGCGGCGGCUGCCGCUGAGUUGAAGAGCACCUCCCAUCUUGCCUCUUCGAUUCGAUGGCCAAACAUUAGUUGGUUAUCUUCUUCGUCGAGGUGAUUGCUUGCUUUCUGCUACCGGUUAAUGCUUAGUGGUUGGUGCUCAUUGUUGUGUUGAAGGCCUAAAGCUCAAGCUCAACUUUGCACAAUGUCUUCGGCUGCAUCAACUGCACGUUCAAGCCAAUCAACAUCAAGGAAAGAUCCAGCUUGGGAGUUUGCUUUACCGUUAACUGGAAAUGAAACUAAGAAUCAAGUUGGUUGCUUAUACUGUAAGAAUUACUUCAAGGGUGGAAUAACUAGGCUUAAGAGGCACUUGGCUGGAGUUAGAGGGCAGAGUGUUUAUUGCACACAAGUUCCUGAUGAUGUUAAGGAGAAGGUUAAAGCAAUGCUGGAUGCACAUGGUGAAAAGAAGAGUGCAAAAUUGGAUAGCCAGCUUCGAUUGAGGCAACAGGUUAAUAUCAAUGGAAAUGAUGAUGAGGAAAUGGAAGAAGUAGGAGAAGUUGAAGUUCAAGAAGCUCCAUCAGCUGCAGGAAGCACACUAGUCCGUAAGAAGCCCCGAAACAAGGGACCAUUGGACAGCUAUUGCAUGCGCCCUGAGGAACCUCGUGCUAAGGGAAAGCAUAUACAAACUACAAUGAGUAAACACUGUAAGGUCAAAGAGAGGGAAAAGCUCAUGAGUAUAUUGCAGAUUGGUUUUAUGAGGCAGCAAUUCCUCAUAACACAGUUUUUUCUCGAAUCUUUUGAUCUAAUGUUAGAGGCUAUUGGACAAUUUGGCGCAUGAUUGAAGCUUUAUAUGCUUGGCACUCCUUUAUUAAACAAACAUAUCAGUUUGUUGCAGGAAUAUUUGGAAGUGCAAAAGGAGUCAUGGUCUUCUACUGGAUGUUCUAUUAUCGCAAAUGCUUGGACAGAUCGGCGUGGAAGAAGCUUAAUGAAUUUGGUUGCUCACUGUGCUAGAGGUAUGUGUUUCAUUGAUGCCAUUGAUGCUUCCUUGGAGGUUCACGAUGGGAAGUACAUCUACAGCUUGGUAAGCUCUUGUAUUGAUGAAAUUGGUCCUAAAAAGGUUGUGCAGGUGGUCACUGACAAUGCUUCAAAUAAUAUGUCUGCAUCAAAGAUGCUUCAAGUGAAACAUCCUCACAUAUUCUGGACCUCAUGUGCUGCCCACUAUAUUGAUCUCAUGCUAGAGGAUAUUGGUAAGAUAACUAUGGUACAUAACAUUAUUCGAGAUGGAAAGUCUAUCACAAAUUUACUCUAUGCACAAGUUAGAUUGCUGGCCAUUAUGCGUCAAUUUACGAAAGGUGACUUAGUUCGAGCUGGUACUACUCGAUUUGCCACUAGUUACUUGAACUUGAAAAGUCUUUAUGAUAAAAGAAAUGAAUUGAAGCAAUUGUUUGCAUCACAAGAUUGGGCUAAAAGUUCCUGGGCUAAAAAGAUUAAAGGACAGAAUGCACACAACUUGGUCAUGAACAACAAGUUCUGGUCACAAAUGCUAGAGGUUAUAAAUUAUUUUGAGCCACUUGCAUAUGUACUUAGGAGGGUGGAUGGUGAUGUUCCAGCAAUGGGAUACAUUUAUGGUGAUCUUAUCAAAGCAAAGAAGGACGUUGCAGCAUGCCUAAAUGGAAAUGAGAAGAAAUAUAGUCAUAUUUGGAAAAUCAUAGAUGCAAGAUGGGACAGCAAGCUCAAGACUACAUUGCACAAAGCUGGGUAUUUCUUGAAUCCGUGCUUCUUCUAUGAGAAUAAGAGAGAAAUCAAGGAAGAUUUCCUGAUGCAAGCAGUUGUAGAAUGUGCAACCUGCAUGUAUCGUGAUGAUAUUACAGUGCAAGAUAUUUGUGUAGCUCAGCUUAGCCUGUACACUGAAGCCAUGGAUUCUUUUGGAACAACAAUGGCUAUUAGACAAAGAAAUAGUCCAACAAUCACCCCAGCAAAUUGGUGGUCUGUACAUGGAACUAGUGCUAAGGAUUUGAGGAAGAUGGCUAUCAGGAUUUUAAGUUUGACUUGUAGUUUCAUUUGCAUGCGAAAGAAAUUGGAGUGCAUUUGAGAGAGUCCAUUCUAAGAAAAGAACUAGAUUAGGCCACCGAAAAUUGAAUGCUCUGGUCUUUGUCAUGUUCAACAAGAGGCUGAAAUCAAAAUAUUCUCAAAAGGAUAGGGAUCCAUUAGUUGCUAAAUUUAUAGAUGAUGAUCCACCAAAUGAAUGGAUUAUAGAUGAUGAUGCACCUGCACAACAACCAGAAGUUGAUGCUCAGAGUGCAGCUGUCAGUCGAAAGAGAAGAUUAAUACAUAAAAAAUCAUCAAGUAAAGCAAAGAAAGCAUGCGUUGUGGUCGAAGAGGAGGAGGAAGAAUUUCAAUCUUCUAACAGUGAACAUGAAGAGGAGGAAAAUAUUCCUUAUGCAGAUGGUUCAAGUGACCAUGAGCUUGAUGACGUUGGUGAGAAUGACAACGAAUGACAUGUUCCUCAGUUGUUUUAUGGCUCCCAUGAUCUUGUAUUCUCGUUUGUUGUGAACUUGUGAUUCCUGUUGGCUGGCUUGUGCAUGCACUGAGACUUGAGACCAUGUUUGUGUCUUAAAUUUAAGUUAUGUUGGAAUGACAUAAACUCUUUGAGGGCAAGUAUACAAAUAAAUGUCUAUUUUCUCAAAUUUACAUGUGAUUAUUUAAUGCCGCUAUUGGAACUUAGCGUCCGCUAUCUGCGAUCCGCUACCAAGACCCCAAUCCGCUACCAAUCUGCUAUCUGCUAUUUUUGAACCUAUAGUGCCAAUACCUCAUCAAAAGUGGUGAAACUGAAGCUCUUAUGGUUAUGGUGAAUGACCAAUAUGCCAAUUACGUUGUGCAAAAGGUGAUUGAGACAUGUGACGAGUGCCUGAGGAUGCGCCACAGGCAGCUCCGCAACUGCACCUAUGCAAAGCAUGUCGUUGCACGGAUAGAGAGGCUCAUUGAAGCUGGAGAGCGCAUAAUGAUGAUGCAGCCCAGGCACUCCAGUCGACAUGGAAAGGAGCUGAGAUACCCUAAAGAUCUGGAAAUGAGCUGAAGAGAUGGAAACCCUUGCUCGUUCAGCAUUGUCACUGACAGGUGGGUCCUUUAAUCGGUUGUGACAGUUAAGGCGGUUUCCGGACGGUUACACCUGACAUGUGGGCCCUACUUAUCCUCUAGCUUGCUUUGGAGUGAGGUUUCUUCACUUUCUCUUUAUUUUAUUUGCUAAAUUCCUGCAACACAUUAUUCUCCAAGUACAAGUGGAACUAUUUUAUUCUAAACAAUUAUGCAUUAUAAGCAUAGCUAAUUCUCCUUUAUUAUAGUUAUAUUGAAGGUCAAAAUUGGUCUAUAACGACCGUCAACACCCCUCCAGUCGAAAAAGUUUUUUUUAAGUCUUAGGUGGAGUCCUAGCUUAUACCCAAGUUGAGCGCCUGUGAAGAACUCUUAGCUAGUCUGCUGCUAUUUUCCUUUUGUUGUUAGUCGUAAUGUGCCUUUGUAAUAAUGUAAAUACUAUCAUUAUAAAUAAUAAAGAUGUGUCGGUGUACCCCCAACUUUUCAUGGGAUGGGGAAUAAUACACUAGUGUUUGGGAAUGGUAUUUCUGGGUGUGACACCUUUAUCCUAAAAACUCAUAGAGAUGACAAUAACAUGUGAUAUAUGUUGGAGCUCUUUUUAUUAUAUCUCUAUUCUCUAUUUAUAUAUAAUAAUAAUAUGCAUGUGCUAAAUGUUGCGGUGCAAUUCUAUUUAUCUUUAAUAAUUUUUAAAAUUUCAUGUUAGACAAAAAUAUUUUUAUAUGAUUUGUGCAUUUGAUCUUUAAUGCAAUUCAUGUCGUACAUUAAAUAUAUUUCAUGUAAAGUACAAUAAUAUGAUAUUGAGUGGGCACAACAAAUCUCUAUAAGAAUUAAUUAUAUAUAAUCACAUAAAAUAUACGAGGGCAAUAAUACUUAAAAUAUGUUAAAAAAAGUAGAGUUAUUACAUUAUUUGUUGCAGGCAUAAUAUAAAGUAUUUGAUACAUAUAUAGAAUAUACCAUGUAGGUAAAUAACUAUCCUAAUUCUGAGCAUUUAUGAUACACUUCAGAAAUUCUCAUGUGUCACAUGGAAUGUUGCUUUCUCACUCAUUUUGCUGGUACAUCACUAGAUGUGGCACAAAUUGUUGCCUUAGCUCGUCACCAUUCUGCAAAUGUAUUUGUUUAUAAAAUAAACAAUUGUAUUAUAAAAUAUAAUAUAAUAUUUUGAAUGAUCAAUGUUAGUCGGGAAUGACCAUAAAGCCAACAAAUGUAGUGCUCCACAUUUCCAGGUUCGCAUGAAGAGAUGUACGUGACAACCCGACAAGCUCCUAAGAAAUUUGAAUAGUUAGCUACCUUGGGAGAGACAAAUAAAUUUAUUGGUUACCUGUCAAGAACCGGAUUUGACAAUUAUUUGACGUGACAAGUUAAUAUCCUCGGUCCACCUUGAGACAGGACAUGCCACAAGCAUGGCUAUGCUAAAGUAGUCAGCAAUGGUUAACAAUGUUUUGCUAUAUCUCAUAUUUGGUUUAUUCUUAUAGGUUGGAAUUAAUGGAUUAGGGUCUAGUACAUAGAGUGUUAUGCUUUCUUGGUCUAGUAUGACCAGGAUAUAGCUUCCAACGACACGUACUAGUUCAAGAAUCUAAAAAAAGUAGUCCAUUAAGAUAAUAUUAAAAAACACAACGAUAUAAAAACAAAGGAUAGCCAACUUACCGAUUUGCAUUGUGCAACUUUAUAAUGAAUUUUCAACCAGCUACCUACAACCCUGCAAGGUCUAUUUUUUUAUGGAACUUCAAUCCAGUAGCAAUCUAUAUGAUGUAUAAUAAUUGUUUAAAACAAGAGCCAAAGAAGUCAAUAUUGGCUAUAUUAUAAAAAAUUACCUUGUAAGUCUAGGAAAUGUUUUGUUAUUAAUUCGUUAGUUUUCUGGACCGUCUGGAUGUUUUCAUACAUGAACUUAUGCACGGACAUGUUGAAGCAGUGACGGUCCAGUGGUUCAUACUUGUUUAGUACUGACUGAAGUUUUCUGACACUCAAUUUAAUGGUGUGUGUCCAUGAACUUUGCACCCAUAUGUUCCUAUCAAUCAAAAAGAAAAUAGGUUGCUGCAUGUUUAAACUAUAGGGUGGAUACACCAUACAGAAGUCGCCUGCACAAGGGUUUCAGUAAAUUUAUUUGUUGGAUGUAGCGGAAAAGGCCGCCUAUCAACUCUUGUAAACUCAUCGCAAAAACCACGGAAAGGAGGGAACUAUAUUUGUGUUAAUCCAUUUCAUCUACCCAUAAAAGUUCAGUAGUGAACAAACAAUUACUUUUUACAAAUGAAUGAGUUAAGGCAUUCAUCUUUUAUGGAAAAACAUAUACCCCGUGUUCAGGAGGGUGACCUCUCUAUAGAGGCGAUUAUAAACGCGUUGAAGUGGACCCAAGACCCAAAUACACAAUUACACCAGCAAUGUCUGCAAAAAAAAAAAAGGUCAGCCAGUAUGACUGACAACACAAUUCAUUUUUUUUCCAGCAAUAUAAGAUGCUAUUAUUAAAAACAUACCCACGAACGUCUUAUUACGAUUUUCUAGCAAUGCCAGGUCACUAAAAUUUUCGAGUUGUUUGGGGGUACAGACGAAACUACGGCGUGGCAUUAGAUUAUAUGAGUCGACUAUAGUAUCUCUAGUGAAAAAACAGUCAUAAUUCCUUUUUAUUGUUCAGAAAUUGAGUUCCCAUGAAUCAGGCUAGAAAUAAACACCAUAUAUGUUAUUUUCGUCUUUUGAUCAAAAUAUUGUUAAACCUUGUGUCAUAUUUUCUACUUAUAAUUGCUUCUAUUUUCGAGCCCUACAUAUGUACCAAUCAUAUUGUAUAUUUAGUCGAUGGUAGUACAUAAUCAUAUGCACAACUUGUGCAUGCAAGACCUGUUGUGCGUGCAAGACCCGUUGUGCAUGUGAGACCCAUUGAGAAUGCAAGACCCGAUGAGCAUAGGUAAGUUCAGUUUAUUGAAUUGGUUGAACUGAAAGUAAUAAUUUUUUCUGUUAUAUGAUUGACUGCUUGUUUGUUUCAAAAGUUUGAAGUACUUUGACGAUGUUGAGUUUGAUGAUUCCAAGGUAAAGAGAACAUUUAGUGUUAUUGUCAUGGUAGAUGUCAUGCUUCGUAUGCUUCAUAUUGAUGGAUACUACUGUAAGUUCCAUUUCCUUUUUCAAUAUGAAAAAAGUAGAUAAAAACUGAAAUACUAUCAUUAACUAAAUAUGCAAUAUGGUUGGUACACUUGUAGGGCUCGAAAAUGGAAGCAAUUGUAACUUGUAAGUGGAGAAUAUGCAACAAGGCUUAACAAUAUUUUGUUCAAAGGACGGAAAUAUACCAUACAUGGUAUUUAUUUCCAACCUAAUUCAUGGGAACUCAAUUACUAAGCAAUAAAAAGGGAUUAUGACUACUUUUUCGCUAGAGAUACUAUAGCUGAGUCAUCUAAUCUACCGCUGCAGUUUCCUCUGUACCCCAAACAACUCACAAAAUUUAGUGACUUGGCAUUGUCAUAACAUCGUCAUAAGACGUUCGUGGGUAAGUUUUCAAUAGUUGUAGCUUAUAUUGCUGGAAAAAUGUUGAAUUGUGUUGUUGGUAAUAUGCUGGCUGACAUUUUGUUUGCAGACAUUGUUGGUCUAAUUGUUUAUUUGGGCCUUCAUCCGGAGCCGACUGAGAAAGGAAGCCAUUACUUGAGUCUAGCGAGCUACACCCCGAGCAAGGAAAAAAAGGAGAGUAUGUUUGAAUGCCUGGAGAGCAUCAAGGUACCGUUCGGAUACUCCUCGGAUAUAAAGAGAAUAAUAAGCACGAAGGAUAAGAAGUUCACAAACAUAAAGUCUCAUGACGGUCACUUGCUGAUGACACAGCUGCUUCCUAUUAUAAUUCAUCGUAUCCUUCCUGAGCAACUCAUGUGCUCUGCCUCGUUAAGGCUCGUGAGCAGCUCGCGAGCUAGCUCGUUAUCUCCAACGAGCUUUGAAGCCAGCUCGGCUCAUUAUGAAAUUCAAACGACGAGCUGAGCCAAGCUUGUCACGAGCCGAGCGAGCUAACGAGCCACGAGCUUCCUGUCCACCCUACUCACGCAGGAGCACUCUGAAAGGCCAAGAACCAUUACUCCUAUACUAUCUCUGAGUACUGGCAUGUGGGAUCCUAGCUACUAGCUAGUGGACGAGCACGUCUGCCCGCGCCGCCGUUGUGCGGCCAUCCGACCUACACCGCCACCUCAUCGACCUUCUCUGGAGCAAGGAAGGCACCGACGUUGUCAUCGAGCUAGGCAACGACGGUGAGACGACAGAAGGACAGCCUAACGGGCGACGAGGAGAAGGGCGGUGGCCAGUGGGAAGGAGUGGUGCGCGACGGACGAUAGGAGAAGAGUUGGCAGAUGGCAUAGAUGGAGGUGACGGCAAGGGUGGAAUGCGGGAUGGAGCGAUCGAGGUAGUACUGGUAGGCCCACGAGUCCUUGGUCCGCCACUUGGCCACCACCGCCACGGUGCCUGUCGUGCUGGAGUCGGCUACGCCUUUCAUGAAUCCUGGACAAACAGAUGAGUAGUGAAGGAGGCGGCGGCGGAGGAGGGAGCGAUGACCUUGCUGCGAAUCCUUCCAUCGAUGCCGAUGUAAUGCAAUGUGGGUCGAUCUUUUCUAUGUUUCAUUGGUGUUGGUAGUGUGUGCAGCGGAGGAGGCGGAGGUAGGCGCGACGGACGACAUAAGCGCCACAUUAGAUGAAGACCAAAUCAAAUAAGCCACAUAAGCGCCAUAUCAGCCGAAACAGCUCUAAAUACUGCCAAGGGACUAAAUUUGCACUGGUUUUAGAAGUUGGAGGACGUUCAAUACCCGGUUUUGCAGCUGAAGGAUGUGAAUGAAACUCGACUUAUAGUGGAGGGACGUAAAGUGGACUUUUCCCUAUUCUACUCCAAACCUAGUAGACAAAAACUCGGCCCGUCUCCACCAUCCACGAAAUACCAAGGAGAAGCCAUUCCAUUCCCCCCCACCGACCAGUGGCCGCCGCACCACGCCGUCUCCGAUCAUCUCCCUGAGCCGGCGAAGCCGCUGAGCUAGGGGAGGGCGCCACCGGGAGGCGGCAUGACCAUCCUGGUCUGGAUUCUGAGGGAGAAUGGGUAUAAUAUUCCACCUCAGUCCUCAGUCCCGCCCGGAGCCACGGCCCGCGGCACAUGGACGACCUAGCCGGCGGCGAGGGAUGGUGCCGUUUUGUCGCCGUCGUUGGGGGCGACCACGAACCUGGAAGCGGGAGUGGCGCAGUCGUCUCCGAGGUCUCGAGUUCGAUCUAUUUGUCACCGAGAAAAUUGGAGCUCGAGCAGCCAUGGUGGAGCUCGCGCCUGGUGGGCUGUCGGCCAACGCCCGCCGCCAACCCCGGCGCUCUCCGCAAGUCUCACCUCAAUACUGACGAAUCUGCUGGUGCUAAUUGGGACUAAUGUUGGAGAGCCAUAGCUGUAAUAAUAAUGCCUCAGCCCUGAGAAAAUGCCUGGAAGAAAUCAAUUUCUGGGCUGUGCGAUUGAAUAGUAAAGACAGAGACAUAAUCCCUGCGUGGAAAAAGUGGGGAAGCUCUCCCCCCGGUGACUUGGUCUAAAGAAAAAACUUGGUGGAAGUCACUUGGCACAAGUGGUGCUGGCAAGGGACACGAGCCUGACUGGAGAGUGAGUACCCUGCUUGAAUUAGAUGUUGGAAGGAUGAUCAUCGGGCUAGGAUCUGCAGGAACUCCUGCGCAUAUAUGAUCCAGGAACCAGCACUGAGUGUAAGCAGGCCUCCAGUGGCGCAGGUCUCCGUCUCUCCAAGGUUUCCAGCAGGUUGUCGAGCAAUGGCAGCCCUAAUCCAGGCACUCUCUGAUGGUUAGCCUCCCCUUCCAUCUCAGCUCACCAUGGGUCCCAUUUCUCUGUUGAAUCCUUGAAUUUGAAAAUAGUUUAAUUACUGCAAUAUUAAUUACUUUGCUGGUGCCAAUUGGUAGUUUGGUACUGUACUACUGAUUAUUUUGGAACCAUCACUGUAAUUUUUUUUUAUAUAUGAAAAAGGCAGAAGCUCUGCCUAGUCAAUUAAGAAGAACAGAAAGAAACAUACAUAGAGGUUCUCAGUUACAAUUUGGAAGAAACUAAUUAAAAAACUAAGGACAGAAUGUGCAUACCACCAAUCUUUUUUGUACAGAAUGUGCCAGUUGGAUCUUUCCAUCAAGGCUAAAUCAUGAGCAAACAAUUUUCCAUGAAUUGACCCUCUUUGAUCAUAGUCCCAUCCUAGCAAGAUGGAUUGGCCAUCCGAUGAUGAUAAUGCCUCAGUGUUUUCAGUGAAUUGAAUUAAUGGGGGUAUGGCUUCUUCUGCUUGAGACAUUCAGUUUGUUCAGAUACUAAUAACUAUUGCUUUUAGUUUACUUUCUUACCCUCAAUUUGCUUUUAUGAUUGUUUAGUUGUGAAUAGUACUUCAGUUUGCAGACAAUAUGAUCAGAUCAAACUUGAUGGAAGUCACUCGGCAUUACUGCUGCUGGCAAGAGAGUAGAGAGUAGAGAAAAGGGAAACAGGUCAGACUAGAGAGUACCCUAGUUUAUUGUAAAGUCACUGCUGGCCAGGAUCGUAGGACUGCAGCAGAUAUGUGAUCCAUUUGCAGAAGUGGAGAUGACACGUCUUGCUGUAGUUGUCCUGUGACAAUAAGCCUAAGGAGUUUUUACAAAAUUGUGGCAUGGUGCUCUCUUCAGAUUGUAGUUAAACAGUUUCCAAGGAAUCAUACUAUUAAUCUGAUCUUCAGUUUCUUCAGAUAACUUUGCUUUCAUGUUUGUUUGGUUGUAGAUUAAUGUCUUAGUUUGCAAAAACUGAGCAGAUUAAACUUGGUGGAAGUCACUUGGCACAAGUGCUGCUAGCAAGGGAAACGAGGAACACUAGAGAUUUGAGUACCCGCCCAGUACAAUUUAUAGCCACUGCUGGAACUAGAUGUUGGAAGGGUAGUCUUUUGGGUAGGAUCCAAAAGACCCCUGCACAUAUAUGAUCCUGGAAUAUGCACGUAUAAGCCUCUAGUGGUGCAGUCCUCUCCAAGGUCUCUGGCGUGUUGUCGGGCAAUGCCUACGAUCCCGAAGUUCUCUGCCUGUUAGUCUCCCUUUCCAUCUCGGCUUACCAUGGGAGAACCUGGCCUUUAGAUUGUGCACUCAUAAUGUUGAAUUCGGUAAUAUCCUAAACAAAAUCAAUUUUCUCUCUGUUGAAUACGUCAAUUCGGUCAUGUUUAGAUUACUUCAAUAUUAAUUAGUGUACUGAUGCCAAAUAGUUCUGAACUACUGAUCAUUUUGGAAGCCACGACUGUUUUUUUCGAAGAUAAAAAAUGGUAGGUGCUCUACCUUUCCAUCAAGGCCAAAUCAUGAGCAAACAAUUUGCCAUGUAUGAAUGAAGAAUUGACACUAUUUGGCUAAAUGGAUUGUAGUCUCAUCCUCCAUGAUCCACAAAGCAGGCAAGUUAAAUUUCAUAGCCAUCCCAUGAGGCCAUGAUGGUAAUGCCUUAGUUUUAUCAGUGAGAUGUUCUUCUGCCUCAGAUGUUCAGUUUGCUCAGAUACUAAUAGCUCUUUUUUUAGUUUACUUACUCACCCUCAAUUUGCUUUUAUGUUUGUUUAAUUAUAGAUAGUACUUCAGUUUGCAGAAGAUGAUCAGAUCAAACUUGGUGGAAAUCACUCAGCACAAGUGCUGCUGACAAGAGAGUAGACAGUAGAAAAACAGGCCAGGCACAUAUUCCAGAAGUACCCCAGUACAAUGUAAAGCAACUGCUGGCUAGGAUCAGUAGGACUGCAGCACAUAUAUGAUACAUCUGCAGAAGUGGAGUUCACACAUCUUGCUGGAGUUGGCCUGUACACAAGACGCCUACUAAGUUUUUAGAAAAUUGUGAUUAAUCUGUUUCGAAGGAAUCAUACUGUUAAUGGGUGUGCAGGAAUCGUUCUCUUGUUGUAUUGGAGCCUGCAAAUAGUUGUACAUUCUUAGAGAUGCCAGCUGUUUUUUUUUUUUUGUACAGUCUUAAGUAAUUGUAAAUGUAAUGUAAGAUGUAAUUGUCAAUAUGCAUCCUGGUGCCUGGUGACAUGAAUUAGGGGAGCUGCAGCACUGUAAAUUGAUGCAAGAGAAGUGCCAGGGUUCCAGUGGCACUCAUGUUAUCUGAAGUGGCUGUUCUAUGUUCUCUGAGCUUA